GAGCGAGGCACUUUACCCUAAUUGCUCCUAUAAGUCGCUCUGGACGACCAUCUACUAAAUGACUAAAAUGUAACAAUGUACUAUUAAAUGUGACUAUUUUCAUGUUCAAAAUACCAUAGCUGUAACGGUUUUGUAACUUUGUAAUUGUUUAAAUAUAUGUUAGGUGGUGAAUGAUCUUGAUUGAAUGAUCUUGUUUUAUUUGUGGUGUCUGGGAUUCCCACUUGUUAGUUGUUUCCCCUCCAAAAGUUUGCAUUUGGAGUUUUCCUAUGCCAGGGAUCUACGCUAUCUUUGCCAAAUUGAUUGUCCAUGUGACUAGUAUUCAAUAGAACUGCUACUAAACUUAAUGCACUUGGAAACAACAGGUUUUGAAAAGCUUGUAGAUGGGAAUUUCAAAGGAUGUUUCAAUGAAAGUGUUAGUAUCUGUCUUGGAAUGUCAUGACAUUGUACCUUGUUUGGAAUUGAAAGCAAUAAAAUGGGACUGAGAAUGCAUUAUCAAAGAUAUUGUUUGUAGUUUUUAUACUCAAUACUCUAAAGUUCAAAUAGCCUACUUUUUGUCAGUUUGUUGCCAUAAUUGUCUUUUUUUUUUUGCAUGGUAGUCAUGUAUGAAUUUGUUUUCCCUUUCAAGAUUAGAAGGAUCAGUUAUCCCAAGUCCAAUUCUACCUUGAACCUGCACUAAUAUAAUGCUUUUUCAUCCUUGAUGGAGGAGUGUACAAGUGCACACCUUGGGAAGUAUGAAAGAAUUGGGAAUUGGGCUAAUGUGUGAAAGUUGUUUACCAGUCCACCAGAGGGCAAACAUACUUCCUGGUUCAUUCUUAGAUGCUGAUCACGGGUCAGUUUAGCAUUUCCACACUAAUGGUUGGGGGGAGGGGAAGCUGAUGCUCGAUCUGUUCCUAGGGGAAAUUCACCCUGGAGCUGUAAGCUCUUGUGUUGUUGAACGUUGCUUGGCAACCUCCUUUUUUCCAAUCAUGUUAGAAAUGACAGAGUUGCACCAAGCAGCUGCUGCUGGAGACUUUGAUCUAGUGGAGGAGAUUCUGAAGAAGAAGAAGAAGAAAUGUAACCCCAAUCAUAGAGACAUAGACUGGAACUACAAGACACCGCUUCACUGGGCUGCAGCCAAAGGACAGACCGAGACUGUUAGGAUUCUGGUGGAGCACGGAGCCAGAGCCUGCCUGAGAACUGAUAGUGGAUGGACACCUGCCCACUUUGCAGCCGAGGCUGGGAGACUUGGGGUGCUGCGCCUGCUCCACUCACUACACGCCCCCAUAGACAAAGAAGACUUCUCUGGGGACAAACCAGUCAGAAUAGCAGAAGUCUAUGGACAUAGUGACUGUGUUCGAUUUCUUGAAAGCUCAGUACCGGGUUACUUUCAGACGUGUCCCGUGACACUUGUGGGGUCACAAUAGUGUGUAGCCCAAACCGCUCGGACGCUACAGACGUUUUCGUGAGAAGAUACAUUUUCAGGAUGUGUCCUGGUCUGACGAACACCGCUGUGGCUCUGCCACCUUCCACCACAGAUGCGGAAGGCCGACAUUGGCGGAUCAUAGAUAUUAAAGUGGCGGAUACCGUGGAUUGAGAGACAGCCCAUACAAAAAACAUAUCUCUAGCUUAACAGAUGGAUUUUGAUGGGGAUUUUUUUUAAAUGUAUUUAUUGCAGCUGAUAAUCAGAUGAAGUAAUGAUGCUUUCAAUACAAUGCGGGAAAAAACUAGGUCAAAUCAUGACAUCAGUGAUCUUCAGGUCGGAGCUCUAGAAAGAGGCCCGAGUUGCCGACUUGGAAC